AUGGGGGAAGAAAUAGAAGUGAAGAAGAAGACAUGUGCAUCAUCUAUCCGGUCUGUUUUCAUGCACGCCGAUGGUGUCGAUAAAGUCCUGAUGAUCUUCGGGUUGUUGGGAGCCAUUGGAGAUGGCUUCUCAACUCCUUUUGUGUUGCUAAUCACUGGCCGCUUGAUGAACAAUAUCGGCGGCGCCUCAAGUGACGCUCAAGGUGUUUUCUUGCAUAACCUCCAAAAGAAUGCAGUGGCACUAUUGUACUUGGCUUGUGGAACAUUGAUCAAUUGUUUCCUAGAGGGAUAUUGUUGGACAAGAACUGGUGAGAGACAAGGAGCUAGAAUGAGAGUAACGUAUCUGAAAGCUGUUCUUAGGCAAGAUGUGGGUUACUUUGAUCUGCAUGUCACAAGCACCUCUGAGGUGAUAACCAGUAUCUCUAGUGACAGCCUCGUGAUUCAGGACUUCAUCAGUGAAAAGGUGCCAAACUUUAUAAUGAACUGUUCUUUGUUCUUUGGGAGCUAUGUGGCGGCAUUCAUAAUGCUGUGGAGGCUAGCCAUCGUUGCAUUUCCGUUUGUGGUGCUGCUGAUAAUUCCGGGUUUAAUUUACGGUAGGGUUUUGAUGGGACUUGCUAGGCAGAUUAAAGACGAAUACAACAAGGCUGGCGCAAUAGUAGAGCAGGCACUAUCAUCAAUCAGAACUGUUUACGCCUUUGUUGGGGAAAAGAAAACAAUUUCAGAGUUCUCUGCAGCUUUGCGAGGCUCAGUGAAGUUGGGUUUGAGUCAGGGUCUGGCAAAAGGCUUGGCCAUUGGAAGCAAUGGCAUUAAUUUUGCUAUUUGGUCUUUCAUGUCGUACUAUGGCAGCAGAAUGGUCAUGUAUCAUCGCGCGCUUGGAGGCACUGUUGUGUCAGCUGGUACUGGAAUAAUACUCGGUGGAUUGGCAUUCGGAAGAGGGUUAUCAGACCUUAAGUACUUCGCAGAAGCGUUCUCCGCAGCAGAGCGGAUAAUGGAGGUUAUUCGGAGAGUCCCCAAGAUCGACACAGACAACAUGGAAGGUGAAAUGAUAGAGAACGUUCACGGAGAAGUUGUAUUCAAGCACGUUGAGUUCGCAUACCCUUCAAGGCCAGAAAGCAUCAUCUUCAACAACUUCACCUUAACGGUUCCAGCUGGGAAGACUGUGGCAUUGGUCGGUCGCAGUGGCUCCGGAAAGUCGACAGUGAUUUCUUUGUUGCAGAGAUUUUAUGAUCCAAUCGGGGGAGAAAUACUCAUUGAUGGGGUGGCAAUAAACAACUGUCAACUCAAGUGGCUGAGGUCCCAGAUGGGGCUUGUGAGCCAAGAGCCUGCUCUAUUUGCAACCAGCAUAAGAGAGAACAUACUUUUUGGGAAAGAAGAUGCUACCAUGGACGCGGUUAUUGAGGCUGGUAAAGCUUCAAAUGCUCACUAUUUCAUCUCUCAGUUGCCUCUGGGAUAUGACACACAGGUUGGCGAAAAUGGUAUUCAAAUUUCGGGAGGACAGAAGCAAAGAAUAGCCAUCGCUCGAGCAAUCAUCAAGAAACCACGAAUCCUCCUUCUAGAUGAAGCCACCAGCGCAUUAGACUCCGAAUCCGAGCUUGUAGUCCAAGAAACUCUGGACAAAGCAGCCGUGGGACGUACGACGAUCAUCAUCGCCCACCGCCUCUCCACCAUCCGAAACGCCGAUGUCAUUGCUGUUGUUCAAAACGGGCAGGUGAAGGAGACAGGCUCACACGACGAGCUAUUGCAACGUGAAAAUGGUCUCUACACUUCGCUUGUCCGUUUACAACAAACAGAUCACGCACAUAUAGCAUCAUCCUCUAUUAAGGACAUGGACAUUCAUGACACGAGUAGUUGUAGGCUUUCAAUGGUUAGCCGUUCGAGUUCUGAAAACUUGCUUGCGGAUGGUGGAGCUUCUUCGGUUCAUGUUGGGGAAGAUGAAAUCACAGAAGUUAAGAAGCUGCCGGUCCCGUCUUUUCAAAGAUUGAUGGCCUUGAAUUCUCCGGAGUGGAAACAAGCGCUUUUGGGGUGCUUUGGUGCGGUAUUGUUCGGUGCAGUUCAGCCCUUGUUUGCAUUCACCCUAGGGUCAACAGUGUCUGUUUACUUCUUGGAAGAUCACGAUGAGAUCAAGGAGAAAACGAAGAUAUAUUCUCUGUGUUUUGUUGGGUUGGGUAUCCUCUCUUUUCUAGUUAACAUUUGCCAGCAUUACUACUUUGCUUACCUCGGAGAGUACUUGACUAAAAGAAUUAGAGAGCAGAUGCUUUCAAAAAUUCUUACAUUUGAAGCUGGGUGGUUUGAUCAAGAUGAAAAUUUUAGUGGUGCCAUUUGCUCUAGACUUGCCAAAGAUGCCAAUGUGGUGAGAUCUUUAGUGGGUGAUCGGAUAUCCCUACUUGUACAAACCUUCGCAUCUGUCACUGUAGCAGGCACAAUGGGAUUGAUCAUUGCAUGGAGGCUGGCCUCAGUUAUGAUAGCACUGCAACCCAUCACCAUUGUGUGUUUCUACACCAGGCGCGUCCUUCUAAAAAGCAUGUCAAGUAAAGCCAUCAAAGCUCAAAAUGAAAGUAGCAAGCUAGCUGCAGAGGCAGUCUCUAACCUGAGGACCGUCACCGCCUUCUCUUCUCAAGACCGCCUGCUGAAAAUGCUCGAAAAGGCCCAACAAGGGCCGCGUAAGGAGAACAUCCGGCAAUCAUGGCUGGCUGGUAUUGCGCUUGGUUGUUCUCAAGGUCUGAACACUAUUAUCUGGGCUUUUGAGUUUUGGUACGGAGGACAGCUCGUUGCCAAGGGCUACAUAACUGCGAAAGCACUGUUUGAGACGUACAUGAUAUUGGUGAGCACGGGUAAGGUCAUUGCGGAAGCAGGAAGUAUGACUUCGGACCUUGUGAAAGGAUCGGACGCAGUUGCGUCCCUGUUUGCUGUGUUAGACCGGGUCACAAAAAUUGAACCCGAAGAAGGUUGCGAAUCUAUAAGUAUAAAGGGUCAAAUAGAACUUCGUGACAUAUAUUUUGCCUAUCCUUCUAGACCGGACGUACUGAUCUUCAAAGGAUUCUCAAUGAAUAUUGAAGCAGGAAAAUCUACGGCAUUGAUGGGACAAAGUGGGUCGGGAAAGUCGACAAUCAUUGGAUUGAUCGAAAGAUUUUAUGAUCCAAUGAGAGGGGAAGUGAUAAUUGAUGGUCGGGAUGUGAAAUCCUACCACCUUAGAUCAUUGAGGAAACACAUAGCACUUGUUAGCCAAGAGCCAACGCUAUUUUCAGGUACCAUAAGAGAGAAUAUCAUAUAUGGCGCGUUGGACAAGGUUGACGAAUUGGAGAUUAUUGAGGCAGCGAAGGCAGCUAACGCUCACGAUUUCAUCUCGAGCCUCACGGAGGGGUAUGACACUUCCUGUGGAGACAAAGGAGUACAACUAUCUGGGGGACAGAAGCAACGCAUUGCUAUAGCCAGAGCUAUAUUGAGGAACCCGGUGGUGUUAUUAUUAGAUGAGGCGACCAGCGCGCUUGAUAGUCAGUCGGAGAAGGUGGUGCAAGAUGCCCUAGAGAGAAUUAUGGUGGGGAGGACUAGUGUGGUGGUGGCGCACCGGUUGAGUACCAUACAACAGUGUGAUCUUAUCAUUGUUCUUCAUAAAGGGAGGGUGGUGGAGAAAGGGACUCAUUCGUCUCUUUUGGCCAAAGGGCUUAAAGGUUCUUACUACUCACUGGUUACCCUCCAAAGGACUCCAUCAGUAUCCGAGCGAGCUCACGAAAAUGCGGUAAACUGA